CAUGAUAUGUAAAUUAGUUGAUCGGGUAAAAUCAGUCAGUGCUGAGAUGAGCUAGAAGUCAGUACGCGGUCAGUCGGCAUGCCAAGGGGGCUUGACCCAAUUCCUUUAGUUAUUUUUUUUUUGUGCAUACUUCAACAUCGAAAUGUCUCCAUCGGAAUCACCUCGGUUUUUCUCUGAGAAGGAGGUAGCCAAUCAUUCCACCAAAAACUCAUGUUGGGUAUUAACGGGGACGAGAAUUUAUGAUGUGACGGGAUUCCUUCGUAUUCACCCGGGUGGAGAGGCUCUAAUAUUAAGCCAGUCAGGGAAUGAUAUCAGGAUGGAGAUGGCGGGACCCCCACACCGGCACUCGGAGAACGCAAGGCGGUGGAUGGAACAGUACUACAUCGGAGAGCUGGACACAGACGGUAGUGCCGAUGAAAUACAGACGGCGAGGGAGAGGAAGAAGACAGUGGAUGAGGAGACUUCACCCAUUAGCAAAUGCAGUCAAGUCAACCUGGACACGGACCUGGUGGACUGGCAGAAGCCCCUGGCCUGGCAGGUGGGCAACCUGGGAGAGAAAUACGAGACCUGGGUGCACCAGCCUGUGAAUCGGCCCAUUCGCCUGUUUGGGAACGAGUUCAUGGAGGCCAGCACCAAGACAUCCUGGUAUAUGGUCCCUGCUGUGUGGAUGCCACUGGUGUUCUAUCUCAGCUGGUACUGCUACACCACCUUGGCUCAGGAGACAACCAGACUAUUCGCCAGCACAGACUAUUCCUUCCUGGUGCACAAGUACAGCUUUCCGCUCAUCUUUGUGAUGGGCAUGGUCACGUGGACCUUCAUCGAAUAUUGCGUCCAUCGCUUCGUCUUUCACAUGCGCCCGCCCGCCCACAACUAUUACCUCAUCACCAUUCACUUCCUGCUGCACGGACAGCAUCAUAAGUCUCCCUACGAUGGAUCCCGCCUAGUCUUUCCUCCUUGCCUGGCCUCAGUGGUGAUAGGCAGCUUCUACCUGCUGCUGACCAAGUCCUUCCCUGAGGCCUUAGGGGUGUCCCUGUUUGUGGGGGGGCUGUUUGGGUACGUGGUGUACGACAUGAUCCAUUACUACCUUCACUACGGCUCCCCCCAGAAAAACUCCUACCUGUACAGCCUCAAGGCAUACCACGUCAAGCACCACUUUGAAAACCAAAGAGCAGGCUUUGGAAUCAGCACCACAUUGUGGGACUAUCCGUUCAACACACUUAUCCCUGAACAGACCUUUCAGAAGACUCAACUUACUCUACUCUCCACUGGGGGGCGACCUUCACCCAUCCCUCUUAGACCUGGCAAUCAACCCCUUCAAUGACGCCACACCCUUUGACCCCAGCCUGUCCCUAUAGUCUGUCUGUCCUUGUCUUUGUCUCUGGCUGGCUCUGGCUGCUUCGAACAAAACACAACACAACAACACACACUUCUCCAAUAUGUUCCACCUGUCAGUCAAAGAAGAAAGGUAUCUUUUCAGAACUGGAGAGAUGGAGGUUCGGGGUGAUUCUGUAUGUUUGUUUAUAAUCGACAACAUUAUCAAAUGAAGAUUGUAUGACUAUAAUGCAGUAAGGAGGAUGACACAUGCAGUCACAGGAUAUAACAGUCAACAUCCCGCCAGAGACCGUAUAGCCAUCAAACUCAACUCUGGACCUUGAAGUCAGUUCCACUGCGUUUUUAAUUGUUCCCCUCUAAUAAGGGACUGAUUUAGACCUGGGACACCAGGUGGGGUAAAUUCAUUAUCAGGCAGAACAGAAAUCCAGCAGGCUCCAGACCUCGUAGGGUAAGAGUUUACCAACGCUGCAGUAGAAGAGAAUAAAUGAGAGAGGGAAUGUGAAUGUGGAAGAGAGGAUGAAGAGUGAUGUUUAGGAGGGUGAAAGUUAGAGAUUAUAGUUGUCCUUAUAUACAGUUGAAGUUGUAAGUUUACAUACACUUAGGUUGGGGUCAUUAACUUGUUUUUCAACCACUCCACAAAUUUAUUGUUAACGAACUAUAGUUUUGGCAAGUCAUUUAGGACAAC